CUCCCCUGUUCUCUCCUAUUUCAGAUUGGAAAUUCCAAUUCCCUCCCACGUCUCCGCCAGGUGUCACAAUCACGCUCUCGCAGGCUCCUCUCCCCGCCCCUUCAGGAUGGCUGUGCGGAAGCGGAAGAGGCUGCAGGGCCGGGAGGCCUCUCUCUAGUCCCGCCGGGUCCCGGGGUCCGGGCCGCCCGCCGCGAUGGCGAGCCCCCGGAGGAGCGUCGAGGGACGGCCGCUGGGCGCCUCAGUCUCGAGCAACACCAGCAACCCCGGCAGCCCAGCCCAUGGCGGCGGCAGCAGCAGCAGGUUCGAGUUCCAGUCCCUGCUCAGCAGCCGAGCCGCGGGCGUCGACCCCACCAGCGCCCGGCUGCGCGCGUCCGAGAGCCCGGUGCACCGGCGCGGCUCCUUUCCAGUGGCCGCCGCUGGAUCUUCGCAGGCGUCCCCUCCUUCACUGCCCGAGGAGGACCGCAUUGACCUGAACCCGUCCUUCCUGGGCAUCGCCUUGCGCUCCCUGCUGGCCAUCGACCUGUGGUUGUCCAAGAAGCUGGGGGUGUGUGCAGGGGAGAGCUCGUCUUGGGGUAGCGUGAGGCCCCUUAUGAAGCUGCUGGAGAUCUCGGGACACGGCAUCACCUGGCUGCUGGGCACCCUGUACUGCCUAUGCAGGAGCGACAGCUGGGCUGGACGCGAGGUGCUGAUGAACCUACUCUUCGCCCUGCUGUUGGACCUCCUGGUGGUGGCCCUGAUCAAAGGGCUGGUCCGCAGGCCACGACCGGCCCACAAUCAGAUGGACAUGUUUGUCACUCUCUCGGUGGACAAGUACUCCUUCCCCUCGGGCCAUGCCACAAGGGCCUCCCUGGUGUCCCGGUUCAUCCUGAAGCACCUGGUACUGGCCAUUCCACUGAGGGUGCUGGUGGUACUGUGGGCCUUCAUCUUGGGUCUUUCCAGGGUCAUGCUGGGGAGGCACAAUGUCACCGAUGUGGCUUUUGGCUUUUUUCUGGGCUAUAUGCAGUACAGCAUCGUGGACUACUGCUGGCUUUCACCCCACAAUGCUCCGGUCCUCUUUAUACUGUGGAAUCAACAGUGACACCAUCUCAUUGAUUAUGGCAACAGGAGAGCUGAAAGUUUCCACAAUUUGAUGAUGCCAGCCUAAAUCAGCCACCAUCCCACUUGCCCCUCUUAGACAUUUCAGGCUUCCUUAGGAGUUCAGAUAUCCCACCAUCUUGAUGUGUUGCUAGGCCAGAGCACGUGCUAGCCCUUGGAAGACAGCCAUAAAAAGGGAAGCAAAAAGAAAAAAAAAUCUAUUGUAUAUUUAUUCAACUGUUUAUAUCUCCAGGACAAUAGCAAAGAAACCAAGCUGGGGUGGUUAUACUGUUGCUGGUUUUGACAGUAGGAUUUGUGUUGUAUAGUAAUCCUGUAAGUUAACAUCACUUGUAAAUUGAAUUUUUGAGAAACACCAUCUUCAUUCCAUAAAUAUAYGAGCAGAUAUUUCAUGUACUAAUCCUAGCCCUUUUUCUGAGUUAGACUUUAAGCAGUACUAAAAGUCUUUUAAGACACAAGUUUUUCUAGUUUAUUCCUUGAAGAUUUGUUGCUACCAUCAGGGAGAUUUCUUCAUAAUCCUGAUUUUCUUGGUAAGCCUUUUUACUUUAUUAUCUCUUCCAUCUUUGUGGAAUAGGCAGUGAGAAAGAUUAUAGUACUUUCUCUCCUUUCCCUACACCCUUUCAAAAGGUCUUUAAAUAUUAUUUUCCAGUAUUCUCUAAUACUGUUUUUUACCACUCAGAGAACAAACCAAGAACUACUUGAAGAAACACUUAAAAGGUGGGCAUGUCUAAGGUGCCCACAGAAAAGUAAGUAUGAGACUCUGGUUUCAUGUCUAAUUCUAUUGACAACCAAUAGCAUGGCACAACAGAGGACAGAGAAGCUAAGCUGCUGGGGAAAGUCAAAAGAACUGAGAAUUUAGGUUAUUAUGUCAAUGACCAGCAUGGCAGGAGAUGAGACUCUGCUGCC